AUGGAUCUUGACAAGACGAACACGGUGGGCAGCGACGGUGCGGCGAACGGGCAGGACCUAGAGCAGGCUCGCCGCGGCCAGGAGCUUCCCCCGCCUGCCGGCCAUGCCACCAAGGGCCUCGCCGUCGGCCACCUCAUCCGGGAGCUGGUGCUAGAGGGCGUGGCGACGUUCCUGGUGGUGUUCUGGUCGUGCGUGGCGGCGCUGAUGCAGGAGAUGCACCACAGCCUGACCUUCCCCACGGUCUGCCUCGUCGUCGCCCUCACCGUCGCCUUCGUGCUCGGCUGGAUGGGCCCCGCGCACCUCAACCCCGCCGUCACCUUCACCUUCGCCGCCUUCCGCUACUUCCCCUGGCGCAAGCUGCCGCUCUACGUCGCCACGCAGAUCGGCGCCUCCAUGCUGGCGUGCCUAUCAGUGAACGCCAUCAUGAGGCCGCACGACGACAACUUCUAUGGCACCGUGCCCAGGCCCCCCGGGGCCGGCGCCCGGCUCCCGUUCCUCCUCGAGCUGCUCGCCUCCGCUGUGCUCAUGAUCGUCAUCUCCACCGUCGCCACAAGCAACGCCAGCAAGGCGGUGGUAGGGAUCGCCAUCGGGGCGGCGGUCGGGACGCUGGGGCUGGUCAUCGGGCCCGUGUCGGGAGGCUCGAUGAACCCGGCGAGGAGCCUGGGCCCGGCGAUCGUCUUCGGCCGCUACACCUCCAUCUGGAUCUACGUCACUGCGCCCGUCGCCGGCAUGCUGCUCGGCGCGCUCUUCAACAAGGCCGUCCGGCAGUCCGACGCGAUCGUGGGCUUCCUCUGCGGCGGCAGGGGCGCGUCCAGCAGGGUGGUCGUCGUCGGUCGCUCCGUCGCCGGAGCGCCUGGAACGAACUAGCCAGCUAGCCGUUUCGGAAGUGGCAUCGGUUGUUGUAAUCCACUUGUAAGA